GAGGUCAGAGCAAGUAGCAAUUGAUUGCCACAGCCUGUAAAUUUUUGCAUCUGCAUAUGGCAAAAUUAAAUUAAGGCAGAUGGAUGGAUGGAGGAUGCCAUUAAGGGAGUGGGUUGGGGUUUGUCUCUAGCGUUUGCCUCAUUACACAGCUUCCCCCAAAAUUUUUCCUCCAUGGCUGUCUGAAUCAAUCAAUUAAACUCCAUGUACAUGAGAAUCCAUGUUCUUGUUUUAUUGAUGAUAAAUUUCUUACCUCCUCAGGCGGUGAUGUCUGGAUCGGACAUUCGGAAUGGGUAUCAGGUGACAGUGGCGAUUCCCAGUGAGUACACACAAGGGUUUCUUGGGAGGGCUUUUGUAAUGGAGAAUGAACAAGGGAUGCCUCAUUUUAGGGCAGCAGUGACCGUGGAGGGCGUGGAAGAGAAAGAGAACUACUCGUGUUCCCUCGAUGUUUUGUUAGGAAAUGUUAGAGUGUGGAGUUCUGGACACUUGUCGAGAUUCCACACAGCUGAAAGAUGUGUGCUCGAAUUGGCUGAAGAUGGAGACUUGAGGCUCAAGGAUCAGACAGGACGAAUUGGAUGGAGGAGUGGGACAUCAGGACAAGGGGUCGAGAGAUUAACGUUGUUGAGGACAGGGAAUCUUGUUCUAGUCGACGAUGAAAACUCCAUCAAAUGGCAGAGCUUCAAUUUUCCAACGGACACUAUGCUUUGGGGGCAGAAACUAAGUUCACAGACAAGAUUAACUUCCUUCGUCCGAAACUCGACUCUGUUCUAUUCCUUGGAGAUUCAGGACGACAACAUCGGACUUUUCUUGAACAUCGGGAACCCGAAAUCGAAAAAGUAUUCGUAUUGGGAGUACCAGCCGAGUAGCCGGCACAGCGUGACGUUUGUGCAGCUGAGCACAUUCGGGCUCGAGAUAUUCGACGGCGAUCAUAAGUUCGAUCAGAUAAGGCCGCCGCCGGGGGCGGAGCCGAUAAGGUUCUUGGCAGUGGACAAUAGUACAGGGAAUUUAAGGAUGUAUUAUUAUUCGAGUGAGGAGAAUGAGUUCAAAGCAUUGUAUCAAGCAAUUAACUACACUUGUGAUCUGCCGUUGUCGUGCCGGCCUUACGGCGUUUGCAUGUCGUCGGGGUCGUGUUCGUGCAUCGGCGGCGGCGGUGGCAGCGGGGAGGGGGUUUGUGGGGGGAGGGGGGCGGAAAUGGUGGAGGUGGAGGGGGUGGUGAGUGUGCUGAGGGGUGUGGAGUACAAAGGGAAUGUGAGUUCUAAGGAAGAGUGUGGGGAGGUUUGUGUGGAUGAGUGUGAGUGUUUGGCUGCUGAGUAUUUGGAGGAUCAAGAAUUGUGUUAUGUGUAUGAGGUUGUAAGGGGGGUGAAGGAGGGUGGGGGUGGGGGGGUAAGGUAUAUGGUGAAGGUGGGGGGAGGGGGUGGAAGAAGGGAUGAAGGGGGGAAGGGGGGUGGGGGUGGGGGGUUGAAGAGAUGGGUGAUAAUAGUGGUGGGGGUGGUGGAUGGGUUCAUUAUUUUUGUUGUUUUGGGGGGGCUUGGUUGGUAUUAUUAUUUUAGGUCAAGAAUGAAUUUUUCAGUUAGAAGAUAGGGGUCGUGAAUUUAAUUUAAUUCAAGAUUUUUCAAACAGUUACUGUUUUUAUUAUGAUUAUUAUUGUUGUUGUUAUUUUUGAGGUGAAGAGAAAAAUGUGAGAAGAGGACAGUUUGUUGAUUUGGUUAUAUAUUGGGCCUUGAAUGGGGCCCAAUUUGGGUGGGUUUAAUUUAAUUCAAGAUUUUUGUUGAUUUGGUUUA